UGAUUCGGUCUGAGUCUUUGGAGCUUAGGGACGGUCGUCGUCCGCCUCUCUUAGAAUCUCUUUGGUCUUCACCACCGGAAUGCCCCUCCGGUGGAAUCUCUCCACCGGUCUUUUGAUUCCCAAAGGCUCAUCUGCAUCCACGGACGGUUGGAGGCUGGAUUAAACGCUUUGGUUUUACAAACAAACGAAAUUUGGGGGCAAUGGAUGGUGGAGACCCUAGUAUCUCAGGUAGUCCACAUGAAGAUGAUAUGGAGGUCGGACUUCCAUCAGCACCUAGGUUUGACAUCGACUUGGAGGAGGAAUGCCAGAGCACAGAACUUGCUCAUCUUGAGGUAGUAGCCGAGUCCAAUAGGCCUGUGAAGGACAAGACCAAGGGAAGUGACGGGGUACCAGAAAUCGAUAUGGAGUUUGAAUCUGAAGAGCGUGCCUAUAAUUUUUACAACAAAUAUGGUGGAAAGGUUGGUUUCAGUAUUCGAAGAAGCUGGGCAAACAAAUGCAAAGAUGGUGUUGUGCGGCGUAGGUUGUUUUGCUGCUCAAGACAAGGUCAUCGCAGUCAUGAUAAACGAGAUGUGAAAAAUCAUCGUCCAGAAACAAGAACUGGCUGUUUGGCACACAUGGUUAUUGCACUCCAACCAAAUGGUAGAUAUCGUGUCUGCCAAUUUGAACCAAACCACAAUCAUGACGUUGGAAAGCCCUCAAAAUCUCGCAUGUUAAGGUCACAAAAGGCAUCAGCUGCUGCUCAGGCUGCUGAAACUGAUAUAUCAGAUAGUACAGGAUGGGGCUUGGGAAGAUUAAUAUGCAUACAGAUGUCCAUAAGAGCAGCUAUUGAGCUCGAUGUCUUCAAUAUAAUUGCUGAAGCUGGACCUGGAGCACAAUUAUCAUCAUCAGAGAUGGUUACCAAGAUGCCUACAACAAAUCCGAAUGCAGCUACUGCUUUGGACCGUAUACUCAGGAUGCUUGGUGCAAACUGCAUCCUAUCCAUGUCUAUGAGACCAUGCAAUGAAGGGGAGAAGAAACAUGAAAGGGUAUAUGGAUUGACAAGCAAGUCACGCAGUCUAGUUACCACAAAUGGAGAAGGAGCUUCGGUAGCACCAAUAGUGCUAGCUAGCUCUGAAAAGGCAGUCAUAGAGAGUCUAUAUCUGCUUAAAGAUGCUGUACUUGAACAGGGAUGUAUACCAUUCAACAAGGCUCACGGUUUGAGUUUCUUGGAGUAUGCAGCCAAAGAGCCAGGAAUGAAGGCAGUGUUUGAUCAAGCCCUAGGGACUAGGUCAGCGAUCUUCUUCCAUGAGGUGUUGAAGGUGUACAAGGGUUUCAAUGAUAUCAGAGAGUUGGUGGAUGUUGGAGGAGGCACUGGAAGCUUGCUUGGUAUGAUUGUCUCUAGGUUUCCACAUAUUCGGGGUAUCAAUUUUGAGUUACCACAUGUUAUUGCUGAUGCUCCUAAAUUCCCAGGUGUAGAGCAUGUUGCAGGAGACAUGUUUGAACAGGUACCAAUAGCACAAGCUAUUCUGUUGAAGUGGAUCCUUCAUGACUGGGAUGAUGCCCGAUGCACCAGGUUGCUAAAAAAUUGCUGGGAGGCAUUGCCUAAUGGGGGGAAGGUGAUCGUUGUGGAGUUCGCUCUCCCUCCGGUGCUGGGAAACAAUGUUGAGUCUUUGAAUGCAUUGACCCCAGACCUCUUCGGGAUGGUAUUGAAUCCUGGUGGUAAGGAGCGAACUAUAGCAGAAUACACCGACCUGGCAAAGGCUGCAGGGUUUUCUGAAAUCAAGCUUUGCCCAAUAUCACAAGGCCUACUUGUCAUGGAGUUGUACAAGAAGAAUGGUGGACCCAGGCCCCUCUUACCACGCCCCACACUUCUCAUACCACAUUUCAUUCUAAAUGGGGCACCAACAACACUUCAGUAGUACUGUCUUACAACCGACCAGUUUAUCCAUUACAAUUAAGAAAAAAGCGGGUAAUUCGAGAACUGAAGAUGCUAAUAGCAUGUCAGGAAAGCGAUCAAAUGCCAUUACAAUUAAACAUGUGCAGUCUUAACCCGGAAGACAGUCAGGACAGGAAAAACCAGCUGGGACAGGAGGCGGCAACCGUCACUGACACUCCAUGUUUUUACUAUUCUGACAGGAAGGAAAAAAGGUAAUGCAUUGCAAACACGAUGCCUCAUGCGCAGCUUCAGAGAGCAGUUUUACCUUGGCUAGCUUGCACUUGCACAUAAGAGGUGGUGCUUGAAUUAUCAAUCAGACCAUACAAAAGUUGCCCAAGUCAUCGAAUUGAUCAUUUACCUACUGAUUAAGAAGGAACCCAGAAACCAUGAAUCAGGAAGAAAUUCAACGAGGGUAUUGAUGAACUUGAGAGAGACUCAAACUCAUGCCUGAACUCACUCAUUGCUGUGUAUAAAACAGUCUCCGACGGUUCACAUCUGAUUUAAAGUGGCCAUGCUAUAAGAGAGAACUUCCACUGCAUGCGCAUGCGCUGUGGUGCCUGGUUGAUCUAUGUUUAUCAUCAAAGUGUUAGCACACAUGACACCUCCCUGGAUUGGAGGUAAAGUGAGAAGAUCUUUUUAACAAAUAUUGGCGCAUGAACAACAAGAAUUGCAUUGGUAGUGGUACCAUGACCAUCAUUCGGGUUGUUGAAAUUGUCUAUAUUGGUUACGUGUUGCACCUGCUGUGAUCUGAAUUAAAGAGUGGAAACUCUACAGUGUCAACAAUGAACUUAGAUAUACAAAAGAAUACUUUUGUUUGCUUGGAUUGGCA